UCACACCAACAUGGCGACGUACGGAACGGUGGGGCGAAGCAGGAGAAAUAUCUGUGCUAUUUCUCUGGUAAUUUUCGUCCAGCUAUUUACCUUACAGUGCCUUUCAGCUCCAGCAAACAACGCCACAACAGUGGCAGCCAACACCAACAAUCAGGAGGAUAGUGUACUUCAAAAUCUGUCUGUGUUCACUGAAAACAAGGUUGACCUCAAGUCUUCAACUCCCGAUCAGAGCCCAACAACUUCAGCAGGCUCCAAUAAUCCUGCAGCACAGGCUGACAAUGACUCCACAACAACGGCUGUAAAGCCUCCUGAUGUCAACAACACUCUGACUACAACAGAAGUCAAAACAUCAAAAACAUCCAAAGAGAGCGUGGAAGCACAUCCAGUGACCAUCAUCGAUGGUUCUGAUCUAGUCCAAGUCCCUAGCAAUGCUAGUAAUGAUGAUACAACACCAGACAAGGAUAAAGCGGUCUCAACCCCAGAGGAGGUGACUGAUAAACCUGCAGUUGCUGGUAACACAGCAGCCCCGACUCAGACAGUUCCAGCCACCUCUGCCAACGCUCCUGAACCAGCCCACACAGAGGUAGAGGAGCUGCAUUUCCUCGGUUCUGACUCCAAACUCUCAAAUACUCAAAACCAGCCCACGAUAAUGGACUCGAAUCAAGACCUGCCGGACACCACUGAUAAUGAUGGACCACAGAAUCACAGUUAUCUGGAUAGUUAUACGGAUGCAGAAGAUGAAGAUGAUGAUGAAGAUGGUAACUACGGAGAUGGUGACGAUGAAGACAACAUGUUUGAGAGUAACAACAGCUUCAAGGAGGAGACUGUGAACAGGCUGCAGCCGGAAGUGGCAGAGGGGAUUGUUGUGACCCACAUCAAGGAAUCAGAUGGCUACAGCUCAGAAGAUGAAGACUCCCACUUCUUCUUUCAUCUGGUCAUCUUGGCCUUCCUGGUGGCAAUUGUUUACAUCACUUAUCACAACAAGAGGAAGAUCUUUCUCCUUGCUCAGAGCCGGCGCUGGAAGGACGGGCUGUGUUCACGAAACACUGUGGAGUAUCACCGCCUGGACCAGAAUGUCAACGAAGCCAUGCCGUCCCUCAAGAUGACCCGAGACUACAUUUUUUGAUUGACUCUCAGAUCAACAAUACGUCCAGACCUGAGCAGAGCUAGCCAUCGCCUUGUAGAGAUGCUGAGCUUGGAGCCUGAUUGAUGCUUUGUCUUGCUUUAUUGGCUGACUGAAGAGCGAGGGCUGUUUUCUCUAUGGUAUAGAAAUUAUUUGUUCAGGAAAUUUUUGUUGUCUGCGUAGAGAGAUUUUAACUGUUAAUCUGUCAUCCUCAUUUGUUAUGUUUUUGAUGUUUUUUGUUAUUUUUCUAGAUUAUUAACCUCUGGAAAUUUGAUUUAGCUCUGUUUGGGGUUUCAUGUCUUUUUUAAUUUAAGUUUCAGCCUUAAGUUCUUAUUACACCUUUAUUGUUCCUCCUAUUUGCACACAAUCUUUAUAUGUUACUCUAAGAAUAGAGAAAAUGUUUAUAACUAGGGUGAUGUAAUAAUGAUUAACUAUAAUGCUAAUCAUUUACCCUAGGAUUAAUGUUUAAUUCCCAUCUCGGCAGAUUGCCAAUGCUUGAAUCACACAUGAGCUGUUUGCUGUGUAAAGCACCUGUCUGUGUUACUAACACUUUUUCUGGGUAUUCAGUCCUUCAAAAAUCUGUGGAGGUCACAUUAAACAUAAAUGAACUGAAUAUUACAAAAUAUGAACCUUGGGGAAACAUUUUGCACUUAUGAAGUUGAAAUAUUUCUCCAUUGUUUCAUUUAACAAAAACAGAGAUCAGAGAAACAUUUUCUCUAAAUUUUAAAAUACUAAUUAACUUGAAACCUUUGCAGCACAAAGAAACAGCCUACAUAUCUAGAUUUUACUUUAUUAAGGGGAUUUUACAUCCUUUUGUCAUGUUUGGGAAUGAAGCUACACAAAAAGCAUUGAGAGAAGCAGGGGAAGAGAGAGUACUGCUCUGCUGUAAUAUAGAUGCCAGGGAGCACUGGGGGACAUCUAAAAAGUCUUUCACCCAUCUUAAGUUUAAGCUGUUUAAAUGAAGAUAGACUGAAUUGUUGAGAUGGGAAUUUACUAAAUUAGUCUCUGGAAGAUGCUCUAUUGCCUUUUUCAUGUUUAUUUUACUUUUCUGGUACUGUAUUUCUUCUUCUGCCCUGAUUUUGCUAUGCAGAAAUCUUGGGGCUGGCCCUCUUUGUUUUUAUGACUUCGAUGAAGUCUCUGUCAGUCAUUUAAAGUCGUCAUUGUGGCAGAGUUUAAUAUGGAUUAACAUUUUCACUGUUAUCACCUCCUGUCAGGAACAGUCUGAUGGACUGAUGUCUCCUCUCAUAAAGUUUUUGCAUGCUCUGUGUGCAAAGGAGCACAAGAAACAAGAGCAGUCUACGUUUUUGUCAUAUUUUUCUCACUCUAAUCUUGAUUCACAGCCAAAUGUUUUUCUGUCGCUUUCACAUGCCUUCAGUUCAAAUGCCAUAACUGCAGCAUCAAUCCACACUUUUUCUGUCUUGUUUGUAGACACCUACACAGAAGGAAGGUGGAUAAUAUGUUUACACUGUGCUGUUGAGGUAGAGAAGCUAGAAUAAUAGCUGACGUGGUGUCCUCCGUAGAAGAAAUGGAUCAACACUGCUCUUGCAAUCAGAACAGUAGAAACUGUACAAUCUCUUUUGUCAAUAAAGCACAAAUUCUAUACAGAA